UUCAAAUAAUAGCUUGCUUGUGGCAUCAGAGUAUUUCCAAGACACCCUCACCGCUGAUAUGGUUGAAAACUUCCCACACUGUGACAACGUUUUCUCUCGCGACGAAUACAGGACCGAUGCCUUUGUAGUUUCAUUCGCGGUGUGCCCAUUGGAUGAUGCACACCCAAAGGACCCACCAUACCUAACUGGAGUUUUUAACUGCACUGGCUUGCAUCUCACCCACCCUGAUCUAACAGUUUUCAAAAUGGACAAAAGCCCCUGGAGAUUCACUGCCUUUCCAUCUUAUGUAAACACCUACAGAAAAAAUCCGAAACCCUGUGGACGUACGUAGCUUUCGUAGCAGCUGAUAUUCAUCUACUAAUGGUGCUGCAACUGGCUUUAAUUUUAAACUCAAUGCAAAAAAAAAUAACAUGUUUUUUAUUAUGGCAUUUUGAAAUAUAGUCUUAGGCAAGAAAAUAAAAAUUUAUAAAAAUAAGAUUUGAAAUUAGAUCAUAUUGAAAAGUUAAAAUUAAAUUUCCAAAUAAAUAAAUGCAUUUGAAUUGAAGAAAAAUUACCUAUUUGUUUUGUCGUGUUUAGUGAUAAAUAAACCAUU